GGUUGGGGUUCCCUGAUCGCUGCGGCGGGCGUGAGCUACUACUAUGCUCGCCAGAGCAUAAACGAACGUCGCAAGGCACAGGACCUUACUGGAGCAAGGCCGUCAGAGAAGCUGGACUGUAUGUGGCCUUGUGAGAUCAUUGAUAUGCUGUCUGACAUUGCUGUUCCACACAGGGCGUGCACGGAUCGCUCAGCAAGAGCAGAACGCAGGUGCAGGCGAAGGUCCCGGCUCUACACCAGCUGUAGGACAGGCAGGCUCUACAACAGCUGUCGGACGGGCAGACUCUUCAGAAAGCGGUGGAUCAUCAUCACCGAAGUAGUGCCUCCCGAGCCGCCCACAUUGCGGCUUGCCAGCUCGGUGGAUAUGGUAGUCAAUGCAUAG